UUUGCCAGUUGAUCAAAUGAGGUUAUUUUAUUUUACUUAUGCCAAACUUUACUAACGUUGCCACAGUUUCUCAGAUUUAUCUGUGGGAGUGAGCUUGAGUCGGACUGACUCACGGUAGCACCGGAGGCGCUCCCGGUCGGCUCACGCUCACGCCCCGCUGCGGGGGGUGGGGGUACACGGGGGCCCGGCCCCUGCUGAUUCAGAGGUUAGGAAUUUGCAUCUGAUUGCUGUUUGUCAACCAAUGAUGUGACUGAAGGCUGCAGAGACUCCACGCCUCUCACGGUCCGUGUGUCUGCCUGAGUCAAACUCUGAAAACACAUAUUCACACGCUAGAGCCGAAUGCGUGGAAAUCAUGCAGCUGGUCACAUGAAACCACUUCAUUUUGAGCUGAUAGACACACGAACCACCCCUCCUUUUCAUCGAUUUGGUGCCGUUUUUUCUUCUCCUCCCUCUGAUCUGAAGGGGCAGAAUCAGAAUCCAGAAAGGGGAGAAAACGGGAAUGUUUCUUCCGGCUCCAAACGGUGUGAAAAGCGAACGGAAGCCGAUGUGGUCUUUGUAGUCUGUCAGUGAAGGUUUCUACUCCCACCUUGUCUUCUGCUGCUUGUGCCUGAGUGAAUACUGGAUGACUCGGCUCUGCCUCCAGCUUCAGAUUCCCCAGCACCUCCAAAAACAUCGAAACAAGUUUGAGACUUCAGCCUCCAGAGCCACUGCUGACCUCUGACUGCAUGUCUCAAAGCUCCCACAGACCCCUUCCUGUUCCGGCUCCCCCCACGUCUCCUCAAAGACUCAUAUUUCCACGUAACCAUAACCAUUACAUAUUCUGACAGCUGUUGGCCACUCUGUCGCAGGCACAGUUUGUUGUGCUUUUCUUGGUAGACGGUGUGACCGCCGCCCCCUGAUUGAAACCCAACUGGUGCUCUUUGAGUGGGGGAAGGAGGGGAAGGAAGGCUGCUGAGCACAGUGCCACUUUCCCCUGAGAUGAAGCUGCAGGCCGUCAUGGAGAACCUGCACAGGCAGCAAAGGGCCAAGCUAAUGAUGGAGCAGCAGCUACAGCAGCAAUCCAUCGCCCAGCGCGCCCAGGUCUGUACAGGUGACGACCCAAUGGAGAGCCCUGCCCCUGAGGGGGAGCAGGCCCAAAUAGUGGCUCUGGCAGCCAUGCGCGCUGCUGCAGCUGGACUGCAGAGGGUCUCAGACAGCCCGAUGUCAAAGCGUAGCAGUGGCGGCGAGGAGGAACAGGAAGAUGACAACGAUGAAGGAGACGAACAGUACAAGGACAUGAUGGGGUCAGACGAGGAGGAGCAGAUUAAGCAGAAAUGGGACGAGGGAGACUUUGAAAGUGAGAUGGAUGAAGACUAUGAUGACGACCUUCCAGAGGAAGGCCUGUCCACAUGUCAUGAUGCCGUGGCUCCUGGAAAGGGCAUUCUUCUGCUUCCUCACCGCCAGCUCCACCCACACCCCCAGAUGCUGAAGAGGCGUCUCAGUGUUGAGCAGGAGCCUCGUGUUGCCAUCAUGCCUCCCCACGCCCCUCACAGUCACCUGGGUGGACAGGAUCAUGGAGAGUGGACCUAUGAGGAGCAGUUCAGACAGCUUUAUGAACUAGAUGCAGACCCCAAGAGAAAAGAGUUUCUUGAUGACCUCUUCAGCUUCAUGCAGAAAAGAGGAACACCCGUGAAUCGUAUUCCUAUCAUGGCCAAACAGGUCCUGGAUCUGUACAUGCUUUACAAGCUGGUGACAGAAAAGGGUGGCCUGGUGGAGGUCAUCAACAAGAAGCUGUGGCGGGAAAUCACCAAGGGACUCAACCUGCCUACCUCGAUCACCAGUGCAGCCUUCACCCUCCGCACUCAAUACAUGAAGUACCUGUACCCGUAUGAAUGUGACAAAAGAGGUCUCAGCAACCCCAAUGAGCUUCAGGCAGCCAUCGACAGUAAUCGACGGGAGGGUCGACGGCAGAGCUUUGGUAGCUCACUCUUCACAUACUCACCCAAUGGGACACCCACCAUGCUGUCCUCACCAAAGGUCCCUACGCCCAGCGUGGGCCUGACUGUUGGGACCAAUGGAGCCUCGCUGACUUCUAGCCAGAAGAUCAAAAAAGAAGAGGAGGGAGGCCAGCCACUGCCGGGGGUCGGCUUGGCUCGUCUGCCUAUGGGGCCGGUGCCGAGUCACUCAGUGGUUGCUGUGCAGGCAGCGAUGGCAGCUCAGGCGGUUGCUCUGGAGCAGCUGAGGGACAAGCUGGAGUCCGGUGAGCCGCCGGAGAAGAAAAUGGCUCUGCCUGCUGAGGAGCAUCACCGGAUGCUGCAGAGAGUUUUCCAACAGAACUUGCUGGCUAUGACUGCUCAGAUUCCAAUGAACAUCCGCAUCAACAACCAAGAUGGCAGGCAAGCCAGGCAAGACUCGGCACUAAACCUCACCACUAACGGCACAAACAGCAUCAGCAUGUCGGUGGAGCUCAAUGGGGUGGUGUAUACUGGUGUCCUUUUUGCUCAGGCAGCAGCAGGGUCAGCCUCAUCUGGUGCAUCUGCAUCACCCCUCUCCCACAAACCUGUCAGCAGUCGGGCUGCUCUACAGCAGCAGCAGCAUCAGAACACACCUACCUCAACCUCCAGCAACCUGUUGUCUUAACAAACUCCCACCUUUUCCAUGUCUUUUUUUUUUUAACCACGCUAAGAAAAGCCAAAAAGCAACCUCAUUUUCUACAUCAUCUAUGCCAAAAAAGAAGAGAAGAACCAUCAUCAGUGCAGAAAGACAAACUGAAACUCAGCUCACUUGAAGUACACUAUCUCAGGUUUUCUCUCACAAACUCAUGUCUUAUGCUCUUCAUCGCCAAAAGGGUUUUAAAAAGAAAUAUCCCAACUGAGAGCCAGUAUAUGCUAAACUUAGACGUAUGCACAACCUGUGAAUUAUUUAUUUCUACAAAAAUGUACAGAUUACUGGAGAACAACAGAGAAGGUAAUAACUAGGAAGGUUCAAGCAUUGUUUACGCACACAAACACAGCUGCUGACUGACAAUGAUGUUAUUCAUCGAGGAGAGAUCGUUUUUCUUUUACCUUUUCAUUGUCAUUAUUAUCAUUAUCGUUAUUCUCUUUAUUUUGUGUUUUAUCAUUUAAAUCUUUAACAGUCUUUUCAUUGCAAGAAAAACAAUCUAUAUAUUUAGAAUUCUAUUAAAAAAAGAAGUAUGAAUAUCAUCUAUUUUUAAUCCCAAAAGCUUUAAAAAGUUUGUGUAUUUUAUUUCUUCGGGGCAUAUACUAAGGUAUAGUUGUGACCUCAUUUGUGUGAAACCAGAUUACCUUAUCCACAUGGCAGCCACUUUUUUGUGUGGGAGAACAAGUUUGGUGUUGGUCUGCAUGCCGUGCAUAGAGAUUUACAUCCCAUCAUCGCCACAGGGUCUGAAUCUGAAGAAUGUACAAGGAUUUUUUAAAUUGCUCGUGUUACAUUUAGUGGGUCGUUUAUCCCAUUCAGACUCUUAGCAGCAGGUCGCUGUGUGCAACUCUUUGAUUCACCCUGCUUGUUCUCCCAGAGACGAGUGGCUGAUUUAAACCCAAAAUUCACUCCUGUUUGUUGACACAAGGCCAGUUCAAGACAUAUCUAUGCCAGGUGGUGAAAUGAGUUAAAACACACAUCGGUUUUCAUGGUUUCUCUCAGGUGUCUCUUCACUUUGUACGAUUCCCACCGUCUAUUAUUACACUGGACAGACAAUGAGCAAUGCUUUCCACCUUUUUCUCUGCAGAGUAAUCCCUUCUUUUUUCCUCUCUGCCUUCUUGUGAAGUAGCUGUCUUAAGGCGAGGUGCAUGUGUGUAGAUGAAGGCGCUUCAGUCAGAAAUAAAGUGAUAUCCUGUCCGAAUCUUUCCGGGAUUUUUGUGAGCGCUAAAUCUUUAUUAGUUUUGAGAAACUCACAUGGACAAUCAGGUGUCGGUAGGCAUGGUCAGAGACCUCAGAGUAGACAGGGCAGGGGGUUUUAGAUCGUCUCGGACAAACUGGAAUCUGGACUACUUUUACUUUUCAGUUUCGCGUCUUCUGAUCCAAGUGCUUCUUAUCGGGAUCUGCUUGAGACCGGCUCGUCACCCGUAGAGGUUAGAGCAGAGAAUGUUUUGCAACCCCCAAACUGCGCGGUUGCUGCCUCUUUUGAGCUGAGACGUGAUCAUAACUGUGUGUGCGUGUUUGCUUGUGUUGGUGCAAUCUUGUGUUAAUUUAUGGCAGGAGAAACAACAUGUCACUUUCUAAGUAGUUGUGUCUUUGCAUUUUUGAAUAGAUCAAUCAUUCAGCUUUUUUAACUUUACCUUAUGUUACUUCUUUGGACUAGUGACUGUUAAAUAUUGUUACUCACCCUCCCUCCCUUCUGCCUCCCAAGUCUCAACCCCACAGCCGUGCCAAGCAGCCUUCGAGUCCCUGCUGACGUUAGGAAGUAAAUCAGGCUUUGUACACGGGUUCUGUUCUGUGGCCUUAGCACAGCGUGAGGUGACCGGAGAGUGAGCAGUACGUCCACCUGAUCACUUUUUACUGUUCAGUCAAAUAUCACCAGGUGGCUGUCCCGGCUUUGAUUCUGUACUCGCUUCUCGGUGGGAAAUCACCACCAGCUGCUACGCAAACACUGGUCACUUUGAAAAGUGCUCUUGAAACUGGAUGAAUGCCGCCAUCAGAAUGCUAUUUUUAAGUUGGUUAAAGUAGUAAAAGAACUCAAGGGGCGGACGGACUGCUAAGACUUGUUGUUUUAAACCAGUUUAAGAACUCACACCUCAAAGUUCUUCCAUGGUGUUGACGCCCAUGUUGUAAAAUAGUUCAGCAUUUUAAAGGGAUAUUCCACCCCUAAAGGAAAUGUAAUCUGUUACCAUAUUCCCUAGUGUUAGAUGAGUGAGGGAAAACAUUUUGUAACCAGCCCAGUCAUUCUCCUUAUCUGGCAGUAUUUCAUUAGCUUUAGCUUAGCAUAAAGGAUGUAAGUGAAUGGUUAAAAUUCAAAUUCAAAAAGAUGUCUAAAUCCGUAAACACAAAUGCGUGGCUACCGGGUUUAUACUUGGUACAGUUUUUUUGAAGGGACAGCAUAGUAAUGGUGCAUUCACAUUGAGAUUGGCCCGGUCUAGCCCAGGUUGGGUAAUUGUAUUCACGUGUGGGUUAUCCGUGUGUUUCUGCACUCAGCUGACCAGUUCUGUUGGACCUGCUGUCCGGCGGGUAGCUUUCCGCAUGCGGAACCGCAGCGGAACAUCACUGCUUUAAAUAGAACCCAUUAAAGUCUAUGGACUGUUUCAAACCAGCAGCGACGCAACAAAUUCCAGGCACGUCCGAGAACCCUAAAGAUAGUAUCGGGUACUAUUUUUGCCUCGAGCCGCUUCUGGGACACGUCAAUUUCUGCAGUUAACAUUAGGCUAGACAGGAAAUCACACUGUUUCCGUGUAAAAUCCCCAGUAAUUUUCAAAGUAAAAGUACUGGAGUGAUGCAAUUUCAUAAAUGAAGCUUACGUGUGACCCAACAGCUUACUUACUCACAGCAUUGUUCCAGAAGUGCAGUGGUGUGUUUGUCAUGGCUUAAAUCUUGGCAGUGGAAAGGAACAUCAUCGUAUAUGACAUCAAACAGCGAUAUAAAACGUGAUUUCCUUCUUUUUGGUUUAAUGGCAGAUUGCAUAAACAAGCCGUGACCUUAAGUCUCGAGGGGUCUUGUAAUCUCGCGAGUCCAGCAAAGAGCACAGCGAGGAAGUCACACCGCAUCCCAGACACUCCCGGUGUGAAAAGGACCGCUUUAAAGUUUGCGAGUAAACCGGUCCGCUGCCGUUUUACUCCGCUAAUGCUUCCAGUGUGAAACCGGAAUUAUUUGUCUGGAUGAAGUGGGGUAAACAUCUUCUCUGACUGCAGCUCGAACUGGCCCCUCCAGCCGAGGGAGCGCAAAGAUUGACUGCUGUGAAAAGAGCCCACAGCAGCACUGCUGCUCAGUGAGAGGAAGCUGUGUGUUUCAUGUCAGUAUCCAAAAGCAACUAUGCUCACGACCACUUUUGUUUACUAAUUUAAGGAAGACACCACAGGCUUUUCAACGAGUCUUUAGUGCCGCCCACGUAUUCGGAAACAUCCAUGUUCCUGUGAAGGCUGUUAUGAUCCUAAUUUUCCUUGGUGAUCUCAAUAAUCUUAUUGAUGGGAAAUGGAAAAAACAAACAAAUGAACAAGUAACACAAAGAAUUAGAGCAAAUUUUAGUGAAACUUAAGCCGCAUUUACAUCUGGGUGAGCGUCGACUGGACUUUAUUCAAACAGCCUUCACAGGAACAUGGAUGUUUCCGAAUACGUGGGCGGCACAGUUGACGCUCACCCAGAUGUAAAUGCGGCUUAAGUUUCACUAAAAUUUGUUCUAAUUCUUUGUGUUACUUGUUCGUUUGUUUGUUUUUUCCAUUUCCCAUCAAUAAGAUUAUUGAGAUCACCAAGGAAAAUUAGGAUCAUUAUUGAGGGAUUGUUCACAACUUUUUCCACAUGAUAUGCUAGUUGUUACCAUUCACUUACUUUGUUUAUGCUAAGCUAAAGCUAAUGGAAUGCUGCCAUAUUUGGAGAAUGACUGGGCUGGUUACAAAAUGCUUUUUCUCCGCUAAUUCAACUCUUGGGAAUAUGGCAAAAGACUAAAUUUCACUUGGGGUUGAACGUCCCUUUAAAGUGAGGCGGAUAAUAAAAUCAGUCAUUCAAAGUCUUUACCUAUAUGAGAAUGCUUAAGUACUGCUGUUACACUCUGAUUCGGACAAACUUAAGGAAAAUAUUUACAUCUGCAUAUUAAAUUCCUGUUUCUCUGUUGUACCUCUGAACAAAUGUGCAAGGUGUUUGAGUUUAUAUUUAAUAAUAUAUUCAGAUUUGUGCUUUAAAGGUUGACUACGUGAAUUUGAUGUGUAACAUAUGCCACUCUGCUUACUUGGCCCGCUUUAUCUGGAGUUUAAUUUUCAGUUUGUUAUAAUUUGAGAAUUUUAGUGUGUUAUUUAUAUUGUAAUUCAAAUUCAGAUUGGACGAUUUUGUAGCCUUGGAAUAGACAAACUAACUCAUUGAAUAGCUCUGCCUUGCUAGAUUGCUUUGAAUAUUUUUGCGUGCAUAGUCAAAUUGUAGAUUUACAUUUUAUUUAAUAGCUUGUUUAGCAUUUAAUGGCUUAAUAGCAUCUGUGCAAAUGGGGUGUGGAUGUUCUUUGUUACACUGUAGCUAAACUGUGAAGGUCUCAACAAUGGCAAACGCAAGUAUCAGGGAAAAGAAAAGAUAUAUUUGUUAGCAUAUUCCUUGUUUCCUUGUCUCUAACUUUAAGAUGGAGAGUGGUGUUUUUGCUGGUAUUAGGUCGCUGGUUUCCUCUUCAGUUGCAGAUGUCACGUUUGCUGGUAAUGGUUGACAAUCAAAUAGAAACAGCUGAAUGUCUGUGGGGGAGGCUGGCAGGAGAAAACGAAAUCCAAUCAAUCCAGAUCUAAAGGAUCAACAUGGCUUUUUCAGAAAUGACCCCUUGACCUUUUGGCCCCCAAGGCAACAUUUAUGCACCUGCC